ACACACACACAAAACUACACACACAAUGGCACUUGGACAACCUAUAAACCUUAAAAAAUGGAUUGAAGAGAAUGGCGAGCUCUUGCAACCACCAGUCAACAAUUUCUGUCUUCAUCGUGGCGGUUUCACUAUUAUGAUUAUUGGUGGACCCAAUGAACGUAAUGAUUACCAUAUUAACCAGACUCCAGAAUAUUUCUACCAGUUGAAAGGAACUAUAUGUUUGAAGGUUGUUGAUGAUGGUGAAUUCAAGGAUAUUUACAUUCAUGAAGGAGACUCAUUCCUUUUACCUGCUAAUACCCCUCAUAAUCCAUGUCGUUAUGAAAACACCAUUGGUCUCGUGGUUGAGCAAGAUAGACCAGAGGGAAUGAAUGAUGGGAUCAGAUGGUAUUGUGCUAAAUGUGAAAAUAAGAUUUUUGAAAAGGAAUUUUAUUUAACCGAUUUAGGUACUCAGAUUAAAGAUGCCAUUGUUGCAUUUGAUAGCAAUUUGGAUGCAAGAACUUGUAAAAAAUGUGGACAUGUCAAUAUUUCAAAGAGAUGAUUAUGUAUAUGACUAUAAGACUUUUAGACUAUGAGACCAUAAAAGUAUGAGACUAAGACUAUGAGAUUGAGACUAUGUGACUAUGAGACUAUUAGACUAUAACAAUAUAUGACUAUUCUAGUUUCGUUUUCUUGAUGUAUAACUGUUCUCCUUUGUAGAAUAACCAAUCAACAGCCUGUUCAACAGGCUCAUCUAUAACACGAGGAAGGAUGGGAAUUGUUCCUAAUCCAAUAAGAACAGCACCAUACUUUUGUAGUACAGUAAUGCCAGAUUUUUUGAAUAAAGAGUCGGAAUAAUGGACUAUAUUGUGAAUAGUCAAUGCCGGAAUUGCCAUGGAUGCAAUACCCUGAAAUACGCCUCUCUUUAACGCACUCAAUCUCCAAUCUGAAUCAACCAAGCUAUGGCUAGAUACAAACUCCUGUGAUGAUUGUACAUCAACAUUGGGCACGGUGUCCCAGGGUCUUAACCCUGGAGUGAAUGUACCUUCCGACUUACGUUUUGUUAACCAUGCAGCAUAGGAAAUAUCACCAAUAAAGUAUAGCCAAGAUAUGACAUACCCCAGUUUUACCAAGUAUGGAUGAGCAACUGGACGAAAUGAUUCUCCAAUAUCAGAACUAUAUGCCACAUAUCGGUAUCUUCUUGCUGCUUUUAGGAUGGUUUUGAGUCGGUUUGCAUAUGCAGCGUAUCUUAUCCCCGAUUCCUGUUCGGAGGCAGUGAUGUCACUCACAGAAGUAACACUCUUUUCUUCGCUCUUUGCAGACAUUGUAAUAAAAGAAGCGUUUUUUUUGUAAUAUCUCACAUAGAACGAGUUGCAAUUGAAGUUAAAGGGCGGUAAUAUGCAUGAAUUAGCUUUUAAUAGUUAUAUAGUGAAAUCUGAGGGGUGAAUUGUUUCUGUGCAGUAUUUUUAUUUUUUUUUUCUCCAUUGUGCACUUUAAUUUUGCCUUCUUAGUAGAAGCAAGACCACUGAUAACAAACGCAAUACAUCACCAUGAAGUUCACAUUAGUCAUUAGAUUCACGAAUUCGGAAUCUACAUCUGAUCAAGUUCAUGAUUUAUCCAUUCCUCUAGGAAUAAAUUUCGAAAGGGAUGACGUAAACAAGUUAGUCACGACCAACUGGAUAAAAUCAACCAUACGAAGCAAAGUCCCACAAUGUCGUGAGAAUAGAUUAAGAUUGAUCUAUAAUGGUAGAGUACUCAACGAGAAUACUGAUUUCAAAAAGGAAGUAUUCAUUUCUCGAUUACAUCAAGAACAGGCUAGUACGGAAGCUCCAACGCAAGAGGAUGAAAAGAAAAUAUAUAUUCAUUGCGUUAUUGGGGAGAAAUUAACCCAGGAGCAACUAGCUGAAGAAAACCAGUUAGAUAAUAGACCACAAGAAGUCACAACCACUCCACAGACAAUCUCUUUUGAUAGAUUGUUACAACAAGGUUUUUCUCAAGAAGAUGUCGACGAUUUAAGACGGCAAUUUUAUCUGAUAUACGGAGGUUCCAGCGCCACAAGACGAGGCGGUGACGAUCAGAUCACUGAUGUUGAGGAAGAAGAACAACGACAAAGAAGAUUGCGGGAAUUAGAAGAAAGAUGGAUAGAGUCAACUUAUAACACCGAAGCUACCGAUGCACCCCGUCCCCAAUCUCGAAGAACCGAGACUCAAGACACAGACGCAGCACCACCACAACCUCUGUUAGAUCUCGAAGAAAGUCGCGUCAAUGAAGAUAUCCUUGUUGGAUUCUUGCUCGGCGUUUUCUUGGGUGUAAUCGGAGCAGUGUUCUUUUUGGUUGACGAUACAGUGUUUAAUAAACGUCAACGGAUGUCAUUGAUAGCUGGUCUAUUGGUAAAUUGCAGUCUUGCAAUAGCAAGGGGCAAAUGGAUAUAGUUUCUACAUAGAAUUAAUAAAUUUAAGGGUGUUAAUGUUUGAUCUACCAGCCCUCACCAAUCUUCAUAUAUUACAAGUAAUAUGGUUAAAAAUCAAUGAAAGGGCACUAAGAUGAUCGUUAAAGGGUCCAUGUAAACACGGAUGUUACUCUCGCCAGGAACUUGACGCUCGCCAACUCGUAGGUAUAUCUGAAAAAGACAAGCAACACGGUAAUAGUUCUGGCUGCCGCAC